AUGCAGGCCCUGGCCGUCCGUCGCACCUGGCGGGUGGGGCCCGCCCCUUCCCCAACCUCCCGCCAGGAGAGCCCCAGCCCCGGCCUCGUCCCGCCGCUGGCGGCCCUGCCCCUCGCCGCGGGCUCCCUGGCUAUCGCGCCCGACAGCUUCUUCUCCGCCAAGCUCUCCCACCUGUCCCGGCCGCAACCCCUCGUGCUCCACCUCUCCGCGCUGCUCGCUAGGGACCAACCCACGUCGCCGCUGCCCGAGAGCUCCCUCACCGACGAGGAGUUCAUGCUGGAGCACCGUGCGUCGCUCGUUGAGGUCCCGGUCGCCGGACAGGUGGGGCCCGCCCCUUCCCCAACCUCCCGCCUGGGGAGCCCCGGCCCCGUGCCGCACGCCGGCCCCGGCGAGCUCGCUCCCGCUUGGCUCGCGCGCGCCCGUGCCAGAGGAUGGGUCGCCGCCGCCGCCCCGGGCUCCACCGCCGCCACCACUGUCGGGCAGCCGAGGCUCUGCUCCACCGUGGCCGCCGCGGACGCCAAAGGAAGGAGCUCGCGCCGGGUCGAGGAAGACGAGGAGGCGGACGGCGGCCCGCGCGAGGCUCCGCCACCGGAGCCGGCGAGGAGGCGCGCCGGAGGGAGCAGGCCGCUCGAGCAAAGCCGAGAAGCCCGGCCCCCGCCGCGCAGGCCGCCCCGGCGCCGCCGCGAAGGCCCGCCCCGCCCCGGGCCGAGCAGCCCCCCCGCAAGCGGCCGCCGUGGAGGGAGGAGCGCCACUGAGGGGGAGGCGGCCCCGCUGUGGGAGGAGGGAGAGCAGGGCGGAGGGCGCCGCCGCGAGAUCCACCGGUGA